GUCGACUCAGACAUGGCGCACAGGAGGUGAUGGCUGGCUAAAGUUAGCAUCAGGCGUCGGUAAAGUCUGCGAACUCCCGGUGUUCGUGCGGUUCUUUCAGCCUUAUUCUCCGCGGUGACUGCUGUUUUUGUAUUAAGGGGCGUUUUGCAUGCAAACCGAAGGCUGAAGUUGAGUUAUUUCCUCCACAAAGGCCUUAUUGUGACCGUAUGCUAGUCCAGUGUUAGCCGCGCUAGCAGCUUUUGUUUUUGUUCUUGAUAAACAUUGGGUUUUUUUUACACUCGAAGGAAAACGGAACUUCGUUUAAACGUGGCCUUAUCUCUUUAAAAUGUGUCUUUUGUAGUCUGGGUUGCCUACCUGAGAAGAUUCCCUGGGUGGGUCCAGCUCGUCCCGCGGCGUGUUGACGGUGCUUCUUGUUUUUUUUUUUUUAAGGCCAAACAAACAAACGGACGUUUUCCUCCAUCGAAACUUUUUGACUGUUUCCUGUUUACAAGUUGAAACUAUGGAUCCUAAACGCUCGUACGGAAACCCUCACACCACCACCACCAGCAGCAGCAGCAGCAGCGACUCCAGCUGCGGCAGCCCCGCGUCCCCCUCCGGAAGCCCGGCCCCGCCGGGGGCCAGAGCGCCGGUGCCCGGGGGAAACGUGUUCGCCAACGACGGCAGCUUCAUGGAGAUGUUCAAGAAGAAGAUGGAGGAGGAGAAGAGGAGAAAGGAGAUGGAGCAGUCAGGAGACGGGAAAGCCGCCGAGCAGGGGCACGCCUCAGUGGAAAAGAGGCCACCUCCCGUGACGAGCUUUGUGGGGAAGCGCAGAGGCGGCGUGUUCCUAAAGACCGGCAUUGUUGCGAAGAAGCAGAAACAGGACUCUGAAGCCGAGCCAGGCAAGAGCGAUGCUUGGUCAAAGUACAUGGCCGAGGUGAAAAAGUACAAAGCUCACCAGUGUGGCGACGACGAUAAAACCAGGCCUCUGGUCAAGUGAGCGCCAAGCGGCGACCGCUGCCGGGGAGAAGCUCCGAAGUUCUCGUACUGCCAGUUCAAGUUACCUUUCAUUUGUCAAGUUUUUACAAACUGUUUAGAUCAAUACCCCCUUUCUCUCUCUCUCCCUGUUUUGUUUUCGUCUUGUUUAUCUGUUGGACUCUGGUAAUUUGAUCUGGUGUGUCAAGGUGUUUGACCAGCUGGGCGUUGAUCACCAUUAAGUAUCUUUGAAUAUGUCAUGUCUGCUUUAUGAUAGGGCGCGUUAAUAAAUUGAAAUUGAUUAA